UUAUCUUUUGAUAAGGAAGUGAAUAAAACAUGCCUAAAAUCAAAUAAUAGUCAAUAUCAUCUCAAAUUCUCACUGUUGCACAAGUCCAUCCUAAUUCAUCGAGAAUUUCAAGAGUUCAAUCUCCACACAUCAUUCAUACCAAUUUCCAUUUCUUCUCUCAAUCAAGGCUAUAUCUUUAUUAAUUCUGGGUUUUUCAGUUUCUUACUUUAAUUGAUGUUCCUGUAAUUCAAUUAUCAAUUAACUCCAUAAAUAUUCCAAAAUUCCCCAUUAAAGUUGAGAAAACGCGGCAAUUAAUUUUCCUUUGCUGUAAAUUUUCAAUCUUUGAUCAUGGCCAACCAACCUUCAUCAUAUCCAAUUCUCUGCGCUUCUUUCAAUCAAGAUCACAGUUACUUUGCUGUGGGAUCAAAGCUUGGGUUCAAAAUAUUUGAGACUGAUACUCUCAGGCUAUGUUAUGAAAAGGAUAUCGGUGCUUUCAGUAUUGUUGAAAUGCGCUUCAGUUCAAGUCUUCUUGCCAUUGUUGGAGCUGGUGAACAGCCAGCUCUAUCUCCACGACGCCUCUGUUUGUUUAAUACUAUAACUGCUACCCCUCUUCAAGAAUUAAACUUCUUGACUUCAAUUCUUGCUAUUCGUUUGAAUAAGCUGAGACUGAUUGUUGUAUUACAAGACAAGACGUUCAUAUAUGACAUCAACAGUCUUGUGAUUUUAAGCACGAUCGAUACUGUGCCAAAUCCAAAAGGCCUCUGCGCAUUCUCCCAUAGCUUGGAUGCUUGUUUCUUGGCUCUUCCAGCUAGCACAACUAAAGGAUCCAUGUUAGUUUACAAUGUCAUGGAGCUUCAAUCCCUUUGUGAGAUAGAUGCUCAUCUUGCACCCUUGGCUGCAAUGGUCUUUUCCUCUGAGGGAACAUAUCUGGCAACGGCAUCAGAGCAAGGAACCAUGGUUAGAGUUCAUACCGUACCUGAAGGAACUAAGUGUAUCAGUUUCCGUAGGGGGGCCUAUCCAUCCACAAUUUUCUCCUUGUCCUUUGGUCCAUCUAUGCAGCUUCCUGAUUUCCUUGUGGCCACUAGCUCCUCAGGCUCUCUUCACUUAUUUAUGCUUGGAUCUGCUUUUAAUCAAAGGGGUAAGAAAUCAAGUAGUUUCAUCGGUGCAAUGAUUCCUAGUGCAAUUUUGGAUCCAGCUCAUCAUCAUGUUCUUCACAAUGUAGUUGCAGAAGGAGUCAAAAGCUAUGCAGUGAUACGUGAAGUGCAGAAGAUUUCUAAUGUCUCGGUGUCUGAAGCUUUAUCUUUCAGGGCUAAAAUUUCUGUUGUUACCUAUGAUGGAUACUUCCGAGAAUACAUAUUCAGCAUCGAUCAUAAGAACGAGUCCUCGUGGACUCUGGAGCGUGAAUACAAUCUGCUGACCGCAAUUUCUGAUAUUCCCACCGGCUCAUGAACCAUUUUUGGUGCUUCCCUCUGCUGCUCGGUUGAUCACUCAAACUCAAUAUCCAUAUCGCCUGACCUCUUUGUCGAAUGCACCUAGCCACCUACCAUGUUUGUGCUGAUGCUGCUCGCUGUCAACAUACUGUCUCGGGCAACUGAGGGGUUUUGGUUCGUGGACGUUGCUAAAUGCUAACCAACUGCUCCUGCUUGACUGGUAAAAAAGUUCUGGUGGUUGGUUAUGGUAAACUUUCCACUAAAUCAUAAUGGUAUAAUGUUCUUGGUGUACAUCAAUUAAUCGCACAUCAUAUAUGUGGUUAUAUAGCAAUAAUCGUGUAGUUUGAAGGAGUAGUAAACAAGAUAUGUGGUGCAUUUUUUAUUUUAAAUGGAGGUUAACGACAUUCACUAGUCGUGUACAUUAAUCAAGUUUUUAUACAGAUUGUAUAUAUGUAAGUAAAUAAUACAGUAUAUAAUUAUGUACAUUGAAGAACCCUUUUCGCUUGUAAGAAGACGAACAACUACAUCCAUCUAAAGCUUUUCCCACUUUUCCUA